AAUUAGUAUGUACAAUUUUCAUAGAUUUGUCAUUCAAAGAAUUUGUUUAACAGAGAAAAAAAAGUCACCAUCCAAUUCCUCCCUAUAAAACCCCCCUUCCACCGGUCUCUCCAAAACACGAGCUCUCCAAGCUAACUUCAAGACGCACCUCCCCAACACUCUCUCUGUCUCUCUCUUCCUUGUAUUCAUGGUGAUGGAGUCUCAUAGCCGUCAUCACUUCAAAUCGAUAUCGAAAUGCAGCACCGCUGGACGAUCAAACCAGACGGUGGCUGCAGACCUAGACGGUACACUUCUUUUGUCAGCAAGUGCUUUUCCCUACUUCAUGCUCGUCGCAAUCGAAGCAGGGAACAUUUUCAGAGGACUAGUACUUCUAGCUUCGGUCCCAUUCGUAUAUUCCACAUACAUGUUCUUAUCAGAAUCCAUAGCAAUCAAGACCUUCAUCUUCAUUUCCUUCGCGGGGUUGAAGAUCAAAGACAUCGAGCUCGUAUCGAGGUCUAUUCUGCCUAGGUUCUAUUCGGACGAUGUCAACCCUGAUACUUGGAGAGUGUUCAGUUCUUUUGGGAAGCGAUAUGUAAUCACUGCCAGUCCAAGAAUCAUGGUGGAGCCCUUUGCGAAGAGCUUCUUGGGUGCUGAAAAGGUUCUCGGGACGGAACUGGCAGUGACGAAAUCUGGGAGGGCAACUGGGUUUGUCAAGAAACCUGGUGUUCUUGUUGGUGGAUACAAGAAAGAAGCUCUUCUUGAGGAAUUUGGACCAAAUUUGCCUGAUUUGGGACUUGGAGAUAGACAAUCUGACCAUGACUUCGUGUCAAUUUGCAAGGAAGGAUAUAUGGUCCCAAGACCAAAGCCUAUUCCACUACCAAGGAACGAACUUCUAAGCCAAAUCAUAUUUCAAGAUGGCCGUUUUGUACAAAGACCAACCCCACUUGUUUCCCUCUUGGUUUUCCUAUGGUUGCCAAUUGGUGCCAUCCUAUCCAUUCUCAGAAUCUACCUCAAUAUCCUUUUCCCUCUUCAAACUUCAUGGUUAAUGUGCAAGUUCCUUGGAAUCAAAAUCACAGUCAAAGGUAACCCUCCACAAUCUCCAACCAAAGGACACAAAGGAGUCCUUUAUAUAUGCAAUCAUCGUACUGUUUUAGACCCUGUAAUGAUCGCGUUUGCAUUGGGAAGAGAAUUCAGCUGUGUUACUUACAGUGCAAGUAAAUUCUCAGAAAUGAUUUCUCCAAUUAAGACUGUUUCAUUAUCGAGGGAAAGAGAAAAAGAUGCAACUAUUAUGAAACGUUUGCUUGAAGAAGGAGAUUUAUUGAUUUUCCCUGAAGGAACUACUUGCAGAGAGGGAUUUCUUUUGAGAUUCAGUGCUCUUUUUGCUGAGUUAAGUGAUAGAAUAGUCCCAGUUGCUAUUAACACUAAACAAAAUUUGUUUUAUGGAACUUCUGUAAGAGGGUUCAAGCUUUUUGAUCCUUAUUUUAUGCUCAUGAAUCCAUCUCCGAAAUUCGAGAUCACCUUCUUGAAUCAGCUUCCAAAAGAGCUUACUUGCGGUGGAGGUAAAUCAGCCGUUGAAGUUGCAAAUUAUGUUCAAAGGGUUUUGGCUGAGACACUUGGGUUUGAAUGCACAAAGUUGACUAGGAAGGACAAGUAUAGUUUUCUCGCUGGAACAGAUGGUCUGCUUAAGUCCAAGGAGGAGAAGGCUUAAAGAAUUCAGGCGAAUCUCUAUUGGGCUCCUUGAAAUGUGGGUACUAAAGAAUUCCGGUCUAAUAUAAUUGGGCAAUGUGAAAUGGGCUCUAUGAUUCGCUAUUGUUUUUAAAAGGUUUGGUUGCAUUUAAAUUUAUCUUUAUUGUCAGAGAGUCUGAGGUCAGUUGACAUGUCAGCAUGUAUUAGUUGCAUAUGGUUAGUUUGUUAGUUGCCAGCUCAGCAUCUACUUAAGUCAGCAUCUAGCUGUGUUUGUUAUAUCAGAGGUCGUUUAAUUGAUGUAUAAAAAGGGCUCUUAAAGCAUUAGGCUUUCUUUGUAAUCGCUUGUUAUCAAGAAAAUGUACUUGAAAUUUUCUGUCA